AUGGACAUUGACAAAGUCCGGGAGGCUGUUGUCACUGCCUGGGAGCAAUCCCAGAACAAGAAGACGACACAACUCGGUGCGCACAAGAUCUCGGCGGUGAAGCGUAAGCCGGGUGAUCCCUCCUUUUCUUCGCAGCAGCAGCAGCGCCCUCAGGGCAGCAGCAGCAAUGCGCGGGAUGGGAAGAAGCGCCCUUAUCGCGGCAAGCGCGCAGGCAAGAAGCGUCAAGGGCAAAACCACGAUCACCACCAUGCCCACGACGUCUUGAUCGCCUCAACCGUCUCCCUUCCUCCUCCGACCAUCGCUCACGUCCUUGACAUUGCGCCUAUUGGCAGCAAGACUCGGACGGUCAAAGAGCAAGGUCCGUUCCACCCGCCUCCUUCGGCGGAUACCAGUCACUACAACAACAAGCGUAUCAAGAAAGCCUUCAAGCUCGCGCGGGACCUCGACAUAAGUCCCACUGAAGAGGAUAUCAAGGUCUUGGAUGCUCUUGUCGGGCAAGUCGACCCGGACCCGGAUGUCGACAUGGAGGACGCCAACUCCGUCACCUCCAGCCGAGCCGACCACGACGACAACCAGUCUAUCGACUGGGGUAGUGACAAGGACCAGGGGGAGACUGUCAGUCUCGGUGACGAGGAAGACCUGGACCGCACUAUUGCGGAGGCUGCUGGCUUCGACCAGAAAGCCUUUAUUGACGAGCACUACUCGGCAGCGUAG